AUGGAGUCUACUUUAUCUCUCCUCGUUCUCCCUGCCGAACAUCUCUCUCUUGCCGAGAUGCCGGACUUUUCUAUCCUCCCCCAAUUACUUACCUCGCACAGCUUGGACUACUUCCAGGCCGGGCAGGAGAUCAACGCCAUGCCGGAGGUGAUUAAGGUCGGCAUCAACUACCGCGUCGUGCCGCAGAACUCGAUCCCCGAGAUCCAGCACAACAUCGUCUCGUACAUCAGCCACCACGACGGUGGUACAAGUCGCUCAACCGGCACCGCAAGUCCUUUUGACCCUACGUCGAACUUCGAGACGCGAAACUUCGAGGCGCAACUCCAACGCGCAACCUCGACGCGGAUUCUCGGCCUGCCAUCUGGGCCGGCCAUCUCGAUACGAAACCUCGACGUCGAAUUCGCCGCCGAUCUUCGAGGCGCAACUUCGAGGCGCAACUUCGAGGCGAAGACUUCAAGGCUCAACUUCGAGGCGCAACUCCGACGCGCAACUCCCACUCGCAACUCCGAUGUCGAAUUCGCCGCCGAUCUUCGAGGCUCAACUUCGAGGCGCAACUCGGACUCGCAACUCCCACUCGCAACUUCGAUGUCUACGCGCCACAACUAG